CACUAACAUCAAUAAAGAUGGCGUCCUCCAUAAAAAGCAUGGACUUGUAUAUAGUCGAUAAUAACGAUAAAAGUAUGAAUUCUGAUUUAUUGGUAUUGGAAACGUUAAAAAAAGCAGCUAGUCAAAAUUUGGAAUUAUUAAAACCCGCCGAACAACAGUUAAAAUGCUGGGAAACACAGCCAGGAUUCUAUACUACGCUCUUAACAAUAUUUUCCAAUUAUUCAAUUGAUAUCAAUGUGAGAUGGUUAGCUGUGUUGUAUUUUAAAAAUGGUGUUGAUAGGUAUUGGAGAAAAACUGCACCUAAUGCAAUUUCAGAAGAUGAAAAACAUAUUUUAAGGCAAAAAUUAAUUUCAAAUUUUACAGAACCUUUCAAUAAGCUUGCUAUUCAAUUAGCUGUACUUAUAUCAAAAAUUGCUAGAUUUGAUUGCCCAAGGGAAUGGCCACAACUUGUCCCAACUCUUCUUGAAGCUUUACGUACGUCAGAUGAUCUGCAACAACAGAGAGCACUUUUGACACUACAUCAUGUUACAAAAGCAUUAUGCUCUAAACGCCUUGCUGGAGAUAGGCGAUUAUUUCAGGAGCUCACAACUAAUAUUUUUAGUUACAUACUCCAAUUAUGGAACACUCAUUCUCAGACAUUUCUACAAUCAACUAUGCAAAAGCAAGAUAACGUCAUUAGUUUAGAAAAAUCAUUGUUUUCAUUAAAAGUUUUAAGAAUGCUUGUUGUACAUGGUUUUAAAGAACCUCAUCGAGUAGAAGAAGCCGUUCAGUUUAUAACUAUUGUCUUCCAGCAUAUUAAGCCUUUCCUUGAGUGCCGGAAAACUCUACAACAUAAUGACAAUCUCAGGGAAUUAUGUGAAAAAUAUUUAAUUUUAUUGACAAAAGUUCUCCAUGAUCUUUUGGAACUGCAUCCAUUUUCUUACGUGAAUUUUAUUAGACCAUCUUUGGAAUGUUGUGUAUCUCUGUGCUUUACAGCAGAGGGAAAUGGUUAUCUUUUUGAGAGAUUUAUUGUACAGUGCCUCAACUUGAUAAAAGCAAUUUUAUUAUGUGCAGAAUAUAAACCUGCAAAAGUGCCAGAAGGUACUGCUGAUGAAGGUGGUGAAGCAUGGAAAUUUAGUUUAAGGCCCUGUACAGAAGUUUUGUUUCUAACAAUAUUCCAUGAAUUUCGUCAGUCAUUAAUACCAUUAUUAUUAGAAAUGAUUCAGAAAAUGCAAACUAUGACAAGUACAACAGACUUACAAGUAAUUUUACAAAAAGAUGCAGUUUAUAAUGCUGUCGGUCUUGCAGCUUUUGAUUUAUUUGAUGAUGUCGAUUUUGAUAAUUGGUUUAUGCAAGUUCUUAUACCUGAAUUAAAAAUCAAAGAAGAUAGAUACCGAAUUAUUAGAAGACGUGUUAUUUGGGUGGCCGGACAGUGGGUAGGUGUCAAGUUAUCACCUGAGUUACGACCGGCUCUGUAUGAAAUAAUUUUGCCACUUCUAGAUUCUAAGGAAGAUCUUGUUGUUAGAUUAGCAUCUGCAAAUACUCUCAGAGUUGCUGUAGAUGAUUUUGAAUUCAACAUUGAACAGUUCCUACCGGUAAAUUUGAAAUCAUACAUUAGCUGUUUAUACAAGGUGGUAACAAAAAUCACUCUCUGUAUUUUCAAGAUGAAUCUUCUGAAUGUUCUAUCAUUCAUAAUUGAACGAGUAGGAAGUCAAAUAAGGCCACACGCAGCAAAUUUAGUUAAUUAUCUUCCUUUACUAUGGGAAACAUCAGGUGACCAUAAUAUGUUAAGAUGUGCCAUAAUAACAAAUUUAGUCCAUUUAGUACAGGGAUUGGGAACACUCAGUGAAGAACUUCAUCCAUUCUUAUUACCAGUUAUUGCUUUCAGCACUAAUGUAAAUGAACCUCCUCACGUCUAUUUGUUGGAAGAUGGUUUAGAAUUAUGGUGGGCAGUUCUAGAAAAUACGUCUGUAUGCAGUCCCAAUCUUCUACAGCUUGCACAGAAUCUUUUCUCACUGUUUGAAUUGGGAACGGAAAAUUUACGCAUAUGUCUUCAAAUUGCACAAGCAUAUAUACUUCUUGCACCAAAAGACUUUUUACAGAAUUACAGUAAAAAUUUAGUUGACACAUGUAUUAGUUUCAUUUCUGAUGUAAGAUCAGAAGGUAUUGUCAUGAUAAUGAGGUUAAUUGAACUUGUCUUCAAAGUGUUUCCUGAAGAAGGACCUCAGUUAUUUCAGUAUAUGUUAUUACAAGUAUUAACAUUUGUUUUAGAAAACCAACCUUAUCCAAUGGUUAUUACAAUGUAUUUAUCUGUGUUAUCGAGAGUUAUUCUUUACAAUCGACAAUGUUUCAAGUUAGUUUUACUAGAAAGAGCAAAAGCAAAAAAAGAACAGACUGAAGAAGUUUUUGGAAAGUUUUUGGAUAUUUGGUUAGAAAAUAUGCUUGUAGUUCAUCCAGUAGAGAGACGAAAACUUCUAGGUCUUGCUUUGGCAUCUUUAAUAACAUCUAAUUCCAGUUCUUUAGUUUUACACGCAAACGAGACACUACAAAUAGACGACGACGACGAGACGGAACACGAAAGAAGAAAACAGGAGUUGUCACGUCAAGAUCCGAUACAUACGGUCGUCCUGAAAGAAUACCUAUGUUCUCAAAUGUCACAAUUGCAGCAGUCUCUGGGACAAACUGCUUUCGAACAAUUAAUGGCAACUGUAGAUGUUGAAACCAUGCAGCAGUUGAAAGAAUACCUGGAAUCUUGAAAAUUAAGUUGUAGAAUAACUGGACUAUAAUAUUACACAAAUUGCUGUCGGAUCUUGAAAGUUCCAUUCUUCGGCAGAUCGAGCAAUUAAACAUUUGCAUUGAACAUCAAUGUGCUAAACGAUUAUUAACAUCAUGGCUUUUUUGCUUAAAAAAAUAUUAUAUUUAUGUCUAAAAACUGUUGCCAAUUGUAUUUUGUACAGCAAAAAGAAUAAUUUAAAAGGCAACAGAUUUUUCUGUUUAUAGAAUUUAAGCAUA